GGCAGCCGCGGCGCGGGGCCGCCGGGGAUGCGGGGGGAGCUGGCCGCGGCGCCGCGCCAGGUAAGGGCGGCGGGAGCGGUGCCCCGCGGCGCGGCUCUGCCGGGGGCCCUUCGCCGGCAGCCAACUUCGCCGCGCCGGGCGAGGGCGGCGGGAUCGCCGCCGUCCCGCGGCCGGGCGGAGGGAAAGGGAUGCGGCGGAGCUCGGGGGGUCGGAGCUGCGCGGGUCCCGGCGCUGCGGGAAGGGGCGGCUGCGUGGGCCGAGGGUCGCUCCUCGGGGAGAGGAGCCCCCGGGGCCCCGCAGGGCUGACGAUGCUCGCGGGCAGCGGGGAGCUCAGCGGGAGCGCCAUCGGAGCGGCCGAUCCGGGCGGCCGCAUCCUCGGGAGGAGCGAUGCAGAUGAGAGAUAAACAGGCGCAGGUGGAUGCCGCGAUAAGGAAACUCCGGGACCGGCUCGGGAGCGAUUAAUUAACUGGGAAGGCGAAUGCCGAAUGCCAGGAGGAAGGGGGAAAAAAAGAACCCCCGGCGACAAGCUCCGCGAUUUCAGCGCUGCUCCGAGCGUGCAGCGACCUGCGCGGUGCGCGCAGCGCGACCGACCUCUCGGUCCCUCGGAAACGCGGCCGGGGUGGGGACGGGGGUCGUGGGAGGAGCGAGCGGUCCCGAGCGCGGCGCCCCGAGCCCCGUCCUGCGGGAAGUGCCGUGGGAGCGGCGGUGCACGUGGAGAGCGGAGCGAGCCCCGGGGAGAGCCGCGGCCGGAGGGAGCGCGGAGCGCGUGGCGUGCGGCGGUGCCGAGCGCUCGUUGCCGCCCGCCGGGAUCCCUCUGCCGCGGUCCCACCGCCGGGCGCUGAGCCGCGCCGCUCGGCCGUGCCUCCGCCCCGGGCGGGUGGGCUGCAGGGGUGUGCGGAGGCGCGGACGCGACUAAGCCGACCCGCCCGCGUGGGACGCCGCCCCGCAGCCCGUCCGCAACGCGUCCCGUCGCGGAGAGAAGUCGGGGGACGCCGGGAGCGGCGGCGGGUGCCCGGCCGAGAGUUGUUCUGCGGCGCUGCGGCUCUUCGUGCCCGGACGGAGGGAGCGCGGCCGCUUUCGGGGGCUGCCCGGGGAAGGAGCGCCGCGUCCGGCGCGCCGCUCGUCGUAGCGGCCGUGCCGUGAGCCCCGCUGUUCCCGUACCCGGGGCGCGACGGGAACCCGCUCUCUGCGGAGCCCGCCGCAGCGCUGCCCGCCGGGUGCUGCGGCAGCGCGGGUGCCGGGAGAGCUUCUCGUCCCGCACCUCGUCCCGCGUCCCCCUCCGCGCCGCUGGGAGCGCGCCCGGGCGACCGCGCCCCGCUCCCCGCCCUCCUCGCCCCCCCUGGGCGGCUGCCGCUCUGGGUUGCGGUUUCCAGCUGGUCCCAAAGUCCUGAGUCACUGCGCGGUUUCCAUGGAAACAAGCGGUGAUGGGAUCGGGGGGUAGAGGGUGCCGGCUGCGGGAUCGGGGCGCGCCCGGCACCGCACUGCCCCGAAGCCCCGCAUCUCCCGUCGGAGAAUAGGAGCAGAGACCGGGAGGGCGGGCGACCGUGUGCGAGCCGUCCUCCCGCAGCAGAGGAGUUGGGGUUCUGUGUCAUGGGUGCAGUGUGGCUGGCCAGCACUAGAGAGCAGGAAAGAGGUCCCGCUUGGCAGCUUCCACUCAGAAGAUGGCACAUCCCGGACCUCUCUCGAAUAGGCAGACCUGGAAAAAUAAGAAAGCCUUGGAAGAGUGUCGACUUGGAGGCUCCAAAAGGGUUCGGAGAACCUCGUGGAGCCUCCAAGCCUACACUUUUUCUGAAGAACGUUCCGUGUCCCUGGAAGUCCUGGCUGGAAGCAUCUCUGGAGGCGUGCCAGCCUCUUGCUGUUGUCCUCUCCUCUGAAGCAGGCUCUGCAGCGUGUGGCUGGGAUCCAUGCGACACCAAGACGACCUGUGAAGAAGCCCCAUGAAGGUGACCAGCCAUGCAAUGUUCCUGGAAGGCUGUCCUCCUACUAGCCUUGGCAUCCAUCGCGAUCCAGUACACGGCAAUCCGCACCUUCACCGCCAAAUCCUUCCACAGCUGCCCCAUCCCCGUGAACUGCAGCCUGAGCCAGGAUGCCGACGCAGCCGAGCGGCUGUGUGAUGAGAGCCCCACUUUCGCCUACAACCUCUCCACCAGGAAGACGCACGUCCUUAUCCUUGCCACCACCCGCAGCGGCUCCUCGUUUGUGGGACAGCUCUUUAAUCAGCAUUUCGAUGUCUUCUAUUUAUUUGAGCCCCUCUACCACGUGCAGUACACGCUGAUCCCGAAGCUGACGCAGAGCAAAAGCACGACGGACCGACGGGUGAUGCUGGGGGCCAGCCGCGACCUGCUGCGCAGCCUGUACGACUGCGACCUCUACUUUCUGGAGAACUACAUCAAGCCCCAGCCCGUCAACCACACCACCGACCGCCUCUUCCGCAGGGGAGCCAGCAAGGCCCUGUGCUCGCCGCCAGUCUGCGAGGCCCUGGGCGCCGUCGAUCUCCACCUGGAGGAAGGGGACUGCGUGAAGAAGUGCGGCACCCUGAACCUGACGCUGGCCACCGAGUCCUGCAGGGAGCACGGGCACGUGGCCAUCAAAACCGUGCGGGUGCCCGAGGUGAGCGACCUGAGGGCGCUGGUGGAGGACCCGCGGCUGAACCUGAAGGUGAUCCAGCUGGUGAGGGACCCGCGGGGCAUCCUGGCAUCCCGCAGCGAGACCUUCCGGGACACCUACCGGCUCUGGAGGAUCUGGGACGGCACCGGCAGGAAGCCCUACAACCUGGACGUCACCCAGCUCACCAUGGUGUGUGAGGACUUCUGGAACUCCGUUUCCACAGGCCUCAACCGGCCGCCGUGGCUCAAGGGCAAGUACAUGCUGGUGCGGUACGAAGACCUGGCCAGGAACCCCAUGAAAAAGACCGAGGAGAUCUACGAUUUCCUGGGCAUCCCCAUGGACGGCAACGUCGAGCGCUGGAUACAGAACAACACGCGAGGGGACCGCUCCUCAUCCAAGCACAAGUAUGGGACGGUGCGCAACUCGGCAGCAACGGCGGAGAAGUGGCGCUUCCGUCUGUCCUACGAGAUCGUGGCGUUCACCCAGCGCGCCUGCCAGCAGGUGCUGGCACAGCUCGGCUACCGGGCCGCCCGCUCCGAGGAGGAGCUGAAGAACCUCUCCAUCAGCCUGGUGGAGGAGAGAGACUUCCUGCCCUUCUCCUAAGGCCGGGCCCCGUUUUUGAUACGGACCGUUUCGAACUGUUGCCUUAUUUUGUUUUCUUUUGUUUGGUUCCUCCCCGCCCCUCUUUCUCGUCUUCUUCUCUCCAAAAUUUGCACUAAAUCUUGAGCGGGAAUCUCAAUGGAGUUCAGAGGAAGUGAUUCUUGCCUCUCAGCACGUUUUGGGCGCACGAGGAAUCGGGUCUCUCCAAGCAAGAGCUAGAACUGUGGAUGGGUAACAAUGUUUACAAAACACACAAAAUGUAUAAAGCAACCUUCAAGCUUUCCAAACCGAAGGGUACCUGGGGUACUGUACUUUUGCACUGUUUACUUUUACAAUGUAAGAGGUAAAUAUAAAUAUAAUUUAUGAAUGGCGUCGUCUCCUCCAGAAUAACCCCCUUGUCCCCCAAUGAGCAGGUCAGACUGGAAGCUGAAUGCGGAGCAACCUCCUUGUCUCAGACCUCAGUUCAAUACGUCUGUUGGAGUUAUGUUAUGGGGCUGAGUGGGCGGUCAGCUGCUCCUACGUGGUUGUUUGGUAACACCUGUGAUACUUCUUUGUGCCAAAAUCCCACAACAAGAGGAAAAAAAAAAAAAGAAAAGGGAAGAAAGUGAUUGGGUGGUUUGGUAGAAGCCCAACACAAAUGCUUUAUUUCUGUGUUUUCUGUAAAUAAAAGUGCAAUAAAACUGACCUGGAGGUGAA